AUAAGCAUAAACCGACUAUAAAAGACGAUCUACCGGAUACAAAUUUAUUCGUAGCUGAAAAGGUACAAUAACGUGUAUCAUUCUUUCAGUACAUUUGUUAGCAGAUAUCCAUCAUGAAAUAUCUAAUGUUUCUGAUUGUUGUCGGUGUAACGACAGCGGCAAUCAUACCACUUAAUGAACCCGUAGGAAAGAAGCUCGCAGAAUGCGAAGGUCGCAGUAACAAGACUAAUACACAUAAUGUUCGCCAUGAGACGAAUUGUCACCAGUUUUACAAAUGCUUAGGAGGAUACGGAUUCGUAAUAGAUUGUCCGGAGAUAAAGAACGUCAAAUUGGUGUUUAAUGAGGAGUCGUUAGUUUGCGAUUGGGAGGGUGUACCUUGUUCAGAUGAUCCCAAUGUACCGCCAGGUUCCGAUGAUCCCACUAAACCACCAGGUCCCGAUGUACCAACGACAACAAAACCGCCAUCGGGGGUUCAACCACCAAAUUGUGCAGAAGUUGGCAACCGAAACCAACCCCAUGAAGAUUGUGAUAAGUUUUAUUACUGCGAAAGCGCAAAUAGUGGGCCAUUAGUAGGCCAAUGUCCUGAAGGCACGCACUUCAAUGCCAUUGUUGCACAAUGCGAUCUAGGAGAAUGUAAAAAGAAGGAUUAGAUAUUGUUAAAUUUUAAUAUAUGAAAGGAAGAUUUCUCCUAUAUAAAGAUAAAUAAAUGUCUGUAAAUCAUUAACAGGUACUACCGUAAUAA